CGCUGUUGCGCAUCAAUGCCAGUUGUAUAUAUAUCAGGAGCCUAUCCUGAAAGAUUCAGUAUCAUCAACAAUAUUCCGUACAAGAUGAAGACUCUAGUAACGAUCGUACUCCUAUCUGCCGUUGCCACUGUGGUAGAGUUAAAAUCGGAUUUGAAAAAGCAAAAACGCGGGGUGGCAUUUUUUGGGUCUCCUGAUUUAUUUGGGAUUGUGCCAGCAUUCGGUUCUGCGUCGUGGGCUCCCACGAAUUUUGCGCCUUCAGCUUGGAAUCCAUUGAGUACUCCAGAUGUUGCGCUCUCGCAGGUUCAAGUUCAAGCUGGCCACAACGUAGCACUUCAGGCGUUGAAGGAUCCGGUACCUGGCACGCCCAGCAUCGCAUAUCCUUCUGAAGUUCUAAAAGCGAUUCAGCAAGCAAAAGAAGCUAAUAACAAUGUUGUUUUGGCCCAGCAUAAAGUUGCGGAAGCGAAGGCAGCUGCAUUGUUUCAGCAGAAAGUUGCUUUAUCAAAGGAGGUAGCAGCGAGAGAAGCUGCUGCCAGAUCUCAAAAAAUUUCUCAACAUGCCGAGGCCGAAGCUAAAGCCAGCGCUCGACAACUUGUGGCGCUUCAACAGAGAUUAGCAACUUUAAAAGGAGCUGUAGCAGCCGCGCAAAGAGUAGCAGCAGCUAGAGAAGCCGCCGCAGCUGCGGCGAUCCAAAGAAACGCAGCUGAAACUGCCGCGGAAUUACAAAAACAGGAGGUUGAUAAACAGAUUAGCCAGAGCGAACAGGAAGCUAAGGAAAAGAAUAUAUUAGCUGCAAAAGAAAAUGCAAUAGCAACAGCGGUUCAGCAAGCAAGUUUACAAAAACCAGUUCAUCAUCCUUGGGGUUAAAAUUAUUUUAUAACAUAUUACAUUUUGCAUAUAUUAAUACAGACAUAUGUUAUACAUUUAUGGUGGUGGUAUAUACAUGAAAAAGCACUUAUAGUUUUAUAAAUAUAUUCUCUCUCUCUAUCUUGUAAGAUUAUUAGGCAUAAAGAUUUUUCAUCAAUAAAAAUUAUUUACACGGUUUA